UCAGUUAUAAAAAAAAACAAAAUGAGUAUCUUAUUUAUUUUAUUAUUCUAUUUCAAACUUACGUUUGUAUGUACUUUGGAAGGCGACAUGAUUUUAAAGAAGUUAGGAGAAAGAGAAUACCUUCGAUUAAAAGAAAAAUCAAGUUUACCAACUCAUGGACCAUGUUGGCAUAACGCACUCAAAUCAUUAAAACAAAAGUGUGAUAAAUUAAAUGACCAAGAGCAUUCCUUGCUUGCUUUAAAACUAGCUAAUUGUUUUUUAGAAGAUUCAGGGCACAUGACUUACGAUUGUUAUCUCAGUGAAACGGAGCAAAUGAGGAAAAAAUGCAUCAAUAGUAUGUCAGAUCGUGCUUUUGGAGUUUAUAAUGAAUUUUAUACCCAUACAACGAAUAUUUGUUUUUAUUUAAAUCACGAAUUAUGGCAGGUUGAAACUCAAAAAACAUUUGAAAGACUGUAUGACGCUUCAUCAAAAAUGAUACAACAAUUACUCGAAGCUUCUGAACUACAAGGAUCAAUGAUAGAAAAUCAAAAAGAAGGUUUACGAAUGCAGAGUGAACUAUUAAUACACGGUAAUAAACUUGAUAAUGUUAUAAGGACUUCUGCAGAAUCAGUUAAUACAAUGAUUCUUGAUUUCAAGGAGAAUUCUGAAAGCCAACAAGUUCUACUCAAUGACAUAUUCUCUUAUAUGCGCACAUUUCAAGAUUGGGUUAUUGGAGAAGUUUCCUGGUUUCAAUCAAUUAUAUUUUAUAUCGUAGCAUGUAUUACCUGUACAUUAUUUACUUCAUCAAAACGUACAUCAGAAUGUCGACUCACUCUUUUUGUGAUUCUUAGUUUGAAUGUUGUUAUAGAGAGAAUGUUAGUUCAAUAUAAUUUGAACACUAUCACACCAGAUGAUCAGAUACAAGUAACUUAUUAUACUUGGUGUUUAAGAAAAGGAGGAUUGUUAUUAUGUGUGAGUAUACUCCUUUACUCAUAUUACUCUUAUCAGGAUGAAAAUUUAGAAUACAAUAAAGUUUUGAGAAGAAUUGAAAAAAAGUUAAUUACUCUACAAGAAACAAGCCAACCAUUCCGAGCUUCGACAGAAGAGAGCCUUAUGAUUAUAAGGCAAUCUCUUAAACAUGAUGAAAUGGACCGUUUGGAAGGAACCCAUUUUUACGGCCAAAUUCCUCAUAUAUUUAUUACACUUGGUGCUUCUGGUGAUUUAGCUAAGAAAAAAAUUUAUCCAACGCUUUGGUGGUUAUUUAGAGAUAAUCUUUUACCAAAACCAACAACUUUUUUUGGAUAUGCAAGAAGUAAUUUGACUCUUGAAGACUUAAGAAAUCGAUGCCAUCCAUAUAUGAAAUUAAAACCCGGCGAAGAGCAAAAAUAUGAAGAAUUUUGGAAACUUAAUCAUUAUCAAAGCGGACCUUAUGACUCAGAGAAAAGUUUUAUGGAUCUUAACAAUGAAUUAAUGAAGUAUGAAAAUGGAGCAGAUGCUAAUAGAUUAUUUUACCUUGCACUACCUCCGUCAGUGUUCGAAGAAGUUACCGUCCACAUCAGGAAUACUUGUAUGGGAAAAAAAGGCUGGUCCAGAAUAAUUAUUGAAAAGCCAUUUGGUCGUGAUUCGUCGACAUCGCAACGAUUAUCAGAUCAUUUGGCUUCAUUAUUUAAAGAAGAGCAGUUAUAUCGAAUAGAUCAUUAUUUAGGUAAAGAAAUGGUUCAAAAUUUGAUGACAUUAAGAUUUGGAAAUAGAGUAUUUAAUCCUACAUGGAAUCGAGACAAUAUUGCAUCUAUACAGAUUACAUUUAAAGAACCUUUUGGUACACAAGGACGUGGAGGAUAUUUUGAUGAAUUUGGAAUUAUACGUGAUGUUAUGCAAAAUCAUUUAUUACAAAUCUUAUCAUUAGUUGCUAUGGAGAAACCAGCGUCUUGCUGUCCUAAUGACAUACGAAACGAGAAGGUGAAAGUUUUAAAAUGUAUUAAACCAGUGGAACUUAAAGAUGUAGUGCUUGGACAGUAUGUCGGUGAUCCAGAUUCUGAUGAUCCAGAAGCUAGGAUGGGAUAUCUGGAUGAUCCAACAGUUCCACCAAAUUCAACCACACCAACAUUUGCAGUAGCUGUUUUAAAAAUAAAUAAUGAACGAUGGGAUGGUGUACCGUUUAUUCUCAAAUGUGGAAAAGCAUUAAAUGAAAGGAAAGCAGAAGUUAGAGUACAAUAUUUAGAUGUUCCGGGAGACAUAUUCGAUGGAAAGGCGAAAAGGAAUGAAUUAGUAAUUAGAGUUCAACCAGGUGAAGCUUUAUACAUAAAGAUGAUGACAAAAACUCCCGGAAUUACGUUUGACAUGGAGGAAACUGAACUCGAUCUUACAUAUGGAAAAAGAUAUAAAAAUAUAAAACUUCCGGAUGCUUACGAACGAUUGAUAUUAGACGUUUUUUGUGGAUCUCAAAUGCAUUUCGUAAGAAGUGAUGAACUCUCAGAAGCUUGGCGAAUUUUUACCCCAUUACUUCAUCGUAUAGAGAAAGAAAAAAUUCCGCCUAUACCUUAUAAGUACAAAUCACGAGGACCAAAAGAAGCUGAUGAAAUGGCAGGAAAAAAUAAUUUUGUAUAUUAUGGAUCGUAUAAAUGGUCAGACCAUCAUUGAUUUGACUUUUUAAUAUACUCUGAUAUAUUAACAAAUAAUUUUGUUUAAAUAAUAAGUGCCUUAAACAAUGUUUACUUAAACAUUUAAAGAUAUUAUAUUUUGUUAAAUAAUGCAACAUUUCAUUAUAGAAUGCUAUUAGUUUGAUAAUUUAAUAUAAUUCCUAUUACAAUAGUGAUUAAACGAGUUUUAAUCGAUAAUAAAAAAUUUUGAAUUUGCAUAAAAAAGUACUUUACGAUAGAUUAUUAAAAAUUAUGGAAACAACGUUU